GUGCACACGACUCUCCAUUUGCACAGUGGUUAUUUACCUGUGGUAGUAUAACACAGCAUAUAUAUAGGGGAGCCUUGUACUGUGCUACAUGUUCCUAUCUCUGAUGGUAUCUUUCUACCUUAUGAAAGGAGUCACUGAUGCUCAUAGCUAUCCUCGCUCCUGGCCACAAAGUAAAUGGGUCACUUCCCGGGCCAUGGAUAGCGUGUGACGUGUCCAGGUUGGUUUCACAGGCAGAUGAAUAGUUAAGCAGUGAAUGGGUCGUAAAUAUUCAUGAGGAGACCAGAGAAUAUGUGUGUCAGUGUGUGUGUGACGGCCAUACGGAAUAAUACAUACCACUUGUGACCAGUUGGUAGAGGAAGACUGGAAGAGAGUACGUCGUCUUUUGGACGGAACAUCUGUUAGAGGUGGAAAGUGGAAAAUACACAUGGCGGCCAUGGUUUGACGUCAGUUAGAUAGUGCCAGCAGCCACAACGUAGGAACACCGCAGAUAGGAGUUUAAAAAAAGGCACAGCAGUUGAUUUGUGUGGAAGGCAUAGAUCGCUCAUAUGUUAUGUGCAGUUCUGUAUAUUGGAUGCCACCCGUAUACAACAACCUGAGAGAGCUAUACUAUACUGUAUUGUUGAUCAUUUUGAUUUAAUAUCUCAAGUGCCUUAUAACCUAUAAGUAGUUGUAUGUAGGUGGCAUUUUGUAUAGAGGUUGAUUGGGGAUACAUAUUUUUGAAUCUACUGGAAUACACCAUCCAUCAAGGAAUCUACCAGUACCAAUUUACCAGGAUUCUAUACAGAAGGAGAAUUGAAUAUUAGAGAGAAUCUUUCAUUUCAUGAUAAUAUUAUAGGAGAGAGAUCCAGUAUGAUACAGUUAAAUGGAUAUCAUCACAACCCCUAUAUGGUAUACCAGGGGGCCUCAGGGAAUCCUAAGGGUGGGGCACCAGGGCCCUCCCCCAGGGUUGGAGGGGAACCCCCAGGGAGGGGGCUAGGACCCUCACCCAGAGGGACUGGGCCACCCCCCGCCAGGGGUCUCCCGGGGCCCUCACCGAGAAUGAACGGGGCCCCUCCUAGAUUUGGAGGGCCGAGAUUCUUGUCCAGUCAACAAAUGUAUACUUUACAGCAACCGCCACAGAAAAAACAACAGGUGCCUAAAAAGAUCAAGAUUGAUCCUGAGGAGGUAUUCACAAAACUGGAAAAAAUUGGAAAGGGAUCAUUCGGAGAAGUGUUCAAAGGCAUUGACAAAAGAACCAAUGAAAUUGUUGCAAUAAAAAUCAUAGACUUAGAAGAAGCAGAGGACGAAAUAGAGGAUAUACAACAAGAAAUCAUGGUGCUCUCUCAGUGUGAUAGUCCACAUGUGACAAAAUAUUUCGGGUCAUAUCUCAAGGAAACAAAAUUAUGGAUUAUCAUGGAAUUCCUGGGAGGGGGCUCAGCGCUAGACCUAAUGAAAGUGGGGCCCUUUGACGAAAUGUACAUAGCCAUUAUACUACGGGAGAUACUGAAGGGUUUAGAAUAUUUACACUCGGAAAGAAAAUUGCACAGGGACAUAAAAGCUGCCAAUGUGCUGCUCUCAGAGACUGGAGAGGUGAAGCUAGCAGAUUUCGGGGUUGCGGGUCAACUCACAGACACAAUCAAUAAAAGAAACACAUUUGUAGGGACGCCAUUUUGGAUGGCACCUGAAGUCAUUAAACAGUCAGCAUAUGAUUCAAAGGCUGAUAUCUGGAGUUUAGGAAUUACAGCAAUUGAACUGGCCAAGGGAGAGCCCCCAUAUGCUGAUCAAAACCCAAUGAAAGUCCUGUUUCUCAUCCCAAAAAAUAACCCUCCACAAUUGACCGGGCCUUUUAGUCGCAAUUUUAAAGACUUCGUAGAGAUGUGUCUAAAUAAGGACCCAUCCAAUAGACCAGUAGCAAAAGAUUUGUUAAAGCAUCCAUUUAUUAAAAAAGCCAGGAAAACAUCAUACCUCAUUGACUUAAUAGAUGCGUACAAGUCGUGGAAAGCUGCUGGAGGAGGGGACGAUGACAGUAGUAGCGAUGAGGAGUCAAUGUCUGACGGUGAAGAAGGCAACGGUGGCGACACCAGCUGGGACUACCCCACCAUCAAGGUUCCCUCCAACAUGGUGUUACACCUUGAUCAAGAUGAGAACCCUCCUUCACAGGCAAACCCCAAAGUACAAAAUGGUGAUUCUGCGUACCUACGAGGCAAAACAGUAGAAAGUAAUAACGAUAAAGAGUCUGAUGUACGGCGCCAUUCCAAGGGUCGCGCGCCACCCGCACCGCCAGUGCAGUCUAAGACGAAUGUAGAAAAUGCAACACCUAAAUCAUAUAGCCUAGAGAAGAACCACAUCACCAAGUCACACAAUUCGGAUCAAAGGAAUAUAGAACAAAAACCGAAAUCGAGCAUCCCAGAAAUUUAUCCCAAGCAACCACAGCCACAUAUACCUACAUCCCACAGCCAAGAGAGGGGAGUGCUAGGACAGCACUUACUGAAAUCGCGAAACAGUGAGAGAGAGAUUGAGAAAGAACCACCCAAAUCAGAAGUCCCAGAAAUGAGCCCAGUACAGCAAUAUCUUCUGAAAUCGCGUGGCUUUGAAAAAGAACAAGAUAAACAAGGGCUGCCCAAGCCGCGCAGCCCUGAGCUCAGUCCCUUACAGCAAUAUUUGCUGAACUCUCGCAACACGGAAAGGGAGGCUGACAAACCAGACCCUCUGAAGACUGAUGGCCGAGACAUUGGACCAGUGCAGCAAUAUCUGCUUAGGUCAAAAAGCCAGGAAAAAGAACUUGAUAAGCAGCCACCCCCUAAAUCUCGCAGCCCAGAGGGUUUACGAAUGGGGAAUUUUUUGCUAAAAUCGCGAGACUCUGAUCUGGGACCCGUAGGGCCACACAUUCUCAAGUCCCGCAGUCUAGAGAGAGAAGGCGAUACGAACCACAAGGCUAAAUUGACGACUUCAGAUUCUGAGCACCAGGGGGCACCCAAGUCACGCAGCCUGGACAGACUGCCAGAGGGCCAACAUGUGACUCUUCUUAAAGUGCAUGAUAAAGAGGGCCCAGUCAUGAACAAAUCCAUGGCAAUUUUGAGAAGACUACACUCGGAGAUUGACAACAGGUUAUCAAGUGACAAAGAAGGGCAUAGAUCCAAUAAAAAAGAUCUCAAACAAAGUGGUGGUAAAAGUAGAGUGGACAGCACACAAUCCUCGGAAGACGUCCGUCAGCCAAAAGUCAAUCCACAGCUCAAAAGGCGAGAUACCCCACAGCCAGUUCCACAGAAAAACAGAGAUAGCAAACAGUUAACGCCUGGUGUUAACGUACAUCGUUCACCAUCUUCACCGCCAAUACAAAAUGAGCGCGAUGGCCCUGCACGUCGAGGCCAUCAUGGUCGUAGUGAAUCACAACCUGUCUACCCAAAUCACGGCCGACUUAGCUACCUACAAAACAAUAACAACAAAUGGAGUGAAGAAAACGUUGUUGAUCCUGCAGAGGAUGAGGUAUCCGAGAGUACUGAGCUUUACCCUGUGCGGCGUGCUGCAUCGCAGGGCAGUGCCCUAGAGUCGGUAAAACCAGUGGUACGCCGCGCUGGCUCAGUUAAUAGUGCAUUGGAAGCAUCUGGUCGACCUGCUUCGCGCGUUCCAUCCCAAACCUCCCCAACCAAUGAGAGAAUAGAGCUGCCGCCAGCGGCUCAAAGGCCGACGUCCUCUCUGACUACAGUCAUAUACCCACUGAUGCAAGAUCUUCGAGAGAGACAUAGGAAUUCAGGACAUCCACAGCAUGGGGAAGCAAUUGAUGAGUUACGGAAAGCAUUUGAUCAUGUAGAGCGCUCUUCGCCUGGUAUAACAGACAUAUUAGUAUCAGAAGUAGUACAGCGGUUAGGAGGUGCUUCACUUAGUGAUGGGCAAAUUACACAAGCUAUUCAGCGAGUAAAAGGGAGGGCAACGUAGGAUAGAAUUUAAUACCAAUGUGACUCUGAUCAGGCUGUCCUGUCCUAGGUGGCAGCAGCAGUCUUCCUGUAUUUGCCGUCCCAGAGAGGGUAGUCAAGUGCAGACAGUUUCCGUGGAGACGGCACCCUCUGACUGUUAUAAUUGAGAAGAGGAUCAGUUGACAGGAAGACAAAGUUUUAGUAUAAACAGCAGGAUGCAAAACACUUGAGAUAUGAAAAGUUCAUUGAGUGCAGUUUUUGUCAGAAAUUAAAAGCAUUUAGAGCAGGCAUGGAUGUGAGGGUAUUAAGCAACAUCACGUGGCACAAAGUGACCAGGAAGGGCCAUUAAUAUUACUGCAGUAUAAGUAAGCCAUUGAUUAUAACAGGACUCAUCUUGUUAGUGCGGUUGUCACUGAAAAAAGGAUUUCUGGAAAGAUGAUAUUUCAAUGGGGAGCCUUCCAAGUGUGUUGGAUCACAGAAUAGGUCACAUAACCUUCAUCUACCAAGCUGUCAGUGCCAAUAAAAUGCUGCAGGGAAUAAAUGAAUAAAAGCAGUAUAGUCAAGCUGAGGGCAUUGCAUUCAGUAACCUUUUCCACUGUAGGUGGCACCACAAAGUGUACACUAUAGAUGGAGCCACUAUGACUAGUGAUUAUGAUUAGUUGGUCCCCAAUCCAUGACAGGCUAGUUUAUUUUUCCACAAUAUUAAGACCUAAUUUGCACAAAGCUGGACCAUUUGUCCAGACCUUAAAUUAACACCAUUUACAAAAAUUCAAAUUCAUUAGCAUCCGAGGCAAUGGCUCUGCUAAGUGAAAGGGAACACAUCUGGUGCACUUAGAAUUUUAUAGAAAGGAAUUUCAGUAAAUGGGCCAUUGGGUGCACAUUGGACCUGUGUUCAUCUUGAUGCUGAUUGACCAUUAUUGAACUUUGUAUCUUAUAUUUCUGCCCACCUGUACUAGUAAAUACUCCUCUCUCCAUCUCCUGUCGAGGGGCAUCCGUCUAGCUGUCAAUGGGUUCCAAUUAGUGGAACUAAAAUGACUAAUAUAUUGAUUGUUUAGAGGACUCCAGUAUUGUCAGGCAUUUACUUUCCUUCUGCUAGAAUUUUCUCAGAAUAUUUUUUUAAUCAGUUAAUUAAUAUUUAGUUAAUUGCUAAUUUUGACGUUUGGAAAUCCCAAGUAAUGUGACCACAAGAAAUGUUCUCAUUAGAUGAGCAUGGAAGUAUAUUAGUUACCAAUGAAACAUGGGACUGUCUUGACUCUAGGCCCUCUGGUGGUUUGUAGUUUAGUUAAUGUUGGACCAGGGUGCACACGUGUUCCUCCAUGUUAAGGACGGAAUUCAGUUAUGUCUUAGAAAGAAUAAAUGUUGCUGUAAAUAUGGAACUGCUGCCAAUGUAAAAAUAAAACUUAAGCUUGUGUAUAGAUAAUAUAUAAUUUAAAGAUAAGACUUUAAUGAGAAAGUAUCUUAAGAGGGACACAGUGUGUGAGUGGUGCAGCUAUACAAAAUGUCACCUUUUUGAAGAAAAAUGGCUCCAGUUAUUUAUAGAAAAUGUACCUCCAGAUUUCGUUAUUAGGGCAUAUUGGGUAUUUUGAUUAUUCUUAUCAUUAUCGGGUAUGUUUUUAUUUUGUGAAUAAGAAGGUUUUGUUUUAAGAUUUCAUGUAAGUAAAUUUUAAAUAUUGAAAUCUGGCAUUUGUUAACAGUAAGUAACGAAGUGGGCAGGUCAACUUAUAUAUGUAUUAAAAAAUGGAUGAGCUGAGUUGGUAAAGUACAGGGGAAAAAUGUAGUAAAUAACUGCACACUUUUGGACUAAACACCCAGAAACAGACCAUGUUUUUCAUUUCUUUUUUCUUAUCUUGAUGACAGUCUGAGGUGACAUGAGAUCUCAUGAGAAAACUAGAUAUUUGAAAGUUGUUUUUCUUCCAUGGUUGUGCAUAUGGUUAUAUAAGUCAUAGAAGGACAAAUGCCUGGUAAUGAAUUGGCGGAAUUUAAGGGUGGCAUAUUUUCUGAUACUUUUUGAGAUGGGUCAUGAUGAAGGGGUUGUUUGGUCCUCUUCGUAGGCCUAGAUUUCUUGAUUUUUUAGGGUUAAAGCAAAAAAAAAAGUGUGAUGGGUUCUCCUUCUUUUUAUCCCAGUUUAAAUUUUUCAACUCAGAUGUGUGUCGAUUGUUAAAUUAUUUCAAAUGAAACUAUAUUGUGUAACAUACGAUGGAGAGAGAAAGUCGGAGAGAAAGUCAUGCUCGUCAUUUCUUCUCAUUUUCAAAUUGGGCAUUUUGUGGACCCCUUUUGUGUGGUUUGAUAAAGAGGCAAACAGGAUUUUUUCUUGCAUAUUCUAAAAACUCCCUUCUCAUUUUAACCCCCCCUCCCCUCAAUUAUUGAUUUGUAGGCUGAUCGAAGCUUUGUUUAAAACAAAAUAAAAACGUUAGAUUAAUGGAAUUAUUGCCGUAAUAGAGCCAAAUAAUACAUGUAAACAGCUCGAGUUCUCAUUUUAUUUAUGUUUUAAAUUGGAGGCUGUUGAAUAGAGUGUUUAUUCUACUUUUUAUUAAUUAAACCAGAAAAUAUUUGAAUGGUGUUCUGGCCUAACCUCACGUGUCCUACUGGACGAUGGUCAAGUGGACGUGGUGAUUGGGAAGAACUUUGUAAUAUAUAUAAAUAUAUAUAAAGAGAAAUAUAAAUAACAUUAAUAAUAACUAUGUACAACUUGUUGAUUGAAAGGAUUCCCUUUCAGAAUAAAUGAACUAACGACAUUUUAA